AGGAUUGUGUAACUUCCGGUGAGACUUGAACGCUGCACAAAUUUUGCGAGGGCAUCGUUCCUCCCCCUCCAGCUCAAGUCGAAUGAGGUGAAUGUGGUCAUAUUAGUACUAGACACACUGCGACCAGCGCGAUACAAUGCUGGCCGAUUUUUUACGGCUUACGAAGUUCAUUUAGGUUUUGAAAACAUCUCUCGAUUCAGCUAGGCUAGUUAGUUAGCUAGCGAGUUUGGUUACCUGUCUACUGAGGCCGAUGUAGUUAGUGAAAGGAGGCGAGGCAUUUAUGGUUUUCCAUCAUGUCGUCCCCCCGCUAUUUUUAGCUAGCACUGCGGGCUAGGUCGGCUAAUAGAAACGGCUUUAAUUGUGAAUCGUUGGGAAGCUCUAUUAGCAAUACCCAUGGAACAGUGGAAGGACGCGGCGUCUCAGCAGGCCGAGCUGCUUGCAUCUCGCGUGAAUGAAUUGUUGUCCAAAGGCCAGGAGUUUUUGCGAGCCCAGCUCGGCGUGGAUCUGGCGAUCAAGCCCGAGCUCAUUCCGCCAUGGGCGAUCCUAGUUGCGGCGUGCACCGGCUUCGUUCUGGUGCUCGUAAUAUGGGCCUCGAUGUGCCAGGCUCUCUUUAAGAAACGGCCUGCGACCACCGUUGUGGAGGACACCGUCGAGAUGAAACGAAGUGCCGGUAAACCCGUCAAAUCAGAAGAGCCAAAGAAGAGGAAGAAACGGACGGAAAAGAAAUCCCAGCCAAACGGGAGAGCUGUCACUGAGGAGAUAUUGGAAGAAGACGCCAUAGUUAAUGAGGACAGAGUGCCACAUCAACAGCCGCCUCCACAAUUCAAGAGUGAAAAACCGGUUGAGACAAAAAAGUCAAAGAAGAAAGCCACACAGGCAGUGAAGGAAACCGUGACAGCUGUCGGAAAGGAGCCUGAGGAAGGUACAUGGGAGACUAAGGUCAGCAACAAAGAAAAACGUGAACAACGCAAGAAGGACAAGAGUUCCAGUGAUGGCUCUGCCAGUCCUGGUGGUGGUGGUGGUGCUGGCGAGGGCGGCGGCGGCACUCCUAUGAGUGCUACUCCGGAGCAGCGCAAGGCAUCAGCAGCUGCUUCACCUGCCAACCAGAAAAAGAAAAAAGGAGACUCAUCAAAAGUGACAGCAGAGAAGAUGAAUGCUUCUGUAUCUCACGUUAACACCAGUGAGGCACCAUUAGUAGCAGCAGGUGUGGCUGAUAUUCAAGCGGUCAAGGUUCCUCACACUGCUGCUCCAAAGACUCAAGGGCUGUGGACUCCCACAAGAGAACCAGCGCCACUGUGGAAGACUGACAUUGAUGAUUCAUGGACUGUGAUUGAUAGGAUUCCAUCUGAUCUAGUUCCCUUUACUAAACUGGGUGUUGGCACAGCUGAUCCGCAGCUGGUGGAUAACGCAUCAUGGCUCAGUCAGCCAAAAGUAGAUGAUGAGUGGUCCGGAUUCAAUGGUGGUUCAGCAGAUCCCAGCUCUGAUUGGAACGCCCCUUCUGAACUUUGGGGCAACUAUGAGGAACCCACACCCCGCCCCAUUCCUGUUCACGAGCAGCCUCGAAGUGAGCCCGCUAAACAAAAUCUGCUGAGUGGAGCUCCUGAGGAAGAUGAUGAAGAUGAAAAGGACAAUGGAGAGACCGCUGCUGAUGGAGGUGCCAAAAACAAAAAGAAGAGGAAGAAAAAGAAAAAGGUGGCUCAGGAGGAAGAAGCAAGCCAGGUUGAAGUGCCAGAGAAGAAGUUAGAACCUACAUCCCUAUUAAAGGAUGAGAAGGAAAAGAAGAAGAAAAAACCCAAGCAGCAGCCAUCUGCUCAGGAGCAUCCUGCUGCUCCUGUCGAGGUGCAGUUGGAGCGCCCAGUGAAAGACAGCACGUCUCAGAAACCUCUCGCCGCUCAAGUGCCACUGAAGCAACCCGAGGGACAUAGCACUGCUCACAUUAAUCUUCCUGCUCCAACACAACAGCAAAAACCUGAGGAAAUCCAGGUCGUCAAACUGUCAAAGAAGAAGAAGGCAAGAAGGGAGACAUGAGUCCGCUUUGCAUUCAACCAUAUGCAAGACUUGUCAUCCUGAUUAUGCAACAACUUUCAAACAACACGGACCUACGGUCAAGCGAAUGGACUUACCUUAAAUCCUGACUGAAAAAAAAAC